CAGGCAGCCAUGAAUAUGGACGCAAAUGCUGUCGAGAAUCGCGAGAAAGAGCGUGAUCGCCGAGGACGUGGCGCACGCGGCUCCCGCUUCUCAGAUGCGGAUGGUAACAAUGGAAACGCCGCUGGUGGCGGAGGAGGCGGUAAUAAUGCACGCGACAGAAGUCGCGAAAGACGCAAUUGCCGCGUCUAUAUCUCGAACAUUCCGUAUGAUUAUCGUUGGCAAGACCUGAAGGAUCUAUUCCGGCGCAUUGUUGGCUCCAUUGAGUAUGUGCAAUUAUUCCAUGAUGAAAACGGCAAGGCACGUGGCUGCGGUAUUGUCGAGUUCAAAGAUCCCGAGAACGUUCAAAAGGCGAUGGAGAAAAUGAAUCGAUAUGAGCUUAACGGACGUGAGCUAGUCGUCAAGGAAGAUCAUGGCGAGCAGCGCGAUCAAUACGGUCGUAUUGUGCGCGAUGGAGCAGGGGGUGGCGGUGGAGGCGGUGCUGGUGGGGGAGGAGGAGGAGGAAACGGUGGAGGUCGAGAUCAUAUGGACGAUCGUGACCGGGGCUUCUCGCGACGUGACGAUGACAGAAUAUCUGGGCGUAAUAAUUUUAACAUGAUGUCUAAUGAUUUUAAUUCGUCGAAUUACAAUUUGUAUGGGCUUUCUGCUUCGUUUUUGGAGAGUCUUGGCAUAAGUGGACCUUUGCAUAAUAAGGUCUUUGUUGCUAAUCUGGACUACAAAGUGGACAGCAAGAAGCUCAAGCAAGUGUUCAAGCUUGCCGGAAAGGUGCAGAGUGUGGACCUAUCCCUGGACAAGGAGGGACACAGUCGUGGUUUUGCUGUAGUUGAAUACGAUCAUCCAGUGGAGGCCGUACAGGCCAUUUCAAUGUUGGAUCGCCAGAUGCUCUAUGAUCGACGCAUGACAGUACGUUUGGACCGAAUACCCGACAAGAGUGAAGGUCUAAAGCUGCCUGAGGGAUUGGGCGGCGUUGGCAUCGGCCUAGGGCCCAACGGUGAGCCACUGAAAGACGUGGCCCGCAAUCUGCCGAACGGCGGCAAUCAAAACGCCUCACAGCUGCUUGGCAAUGUGCAGGGCGCUCAGCAAUUGUCCGCGGUUCCUGGCGGCGCGGUUGUUGGCGGCGGUAACUCAAACGCAAAUUUGCUGGGUAGUCUCAGUGGAGUCAUGUUCGGUAACAACGCUGCUGUGCAACCCUCUCCUGUGGCGCCAGUCCAGAAGCCGAGCAUGGGCAACAAUGCUGGCGGCGGCGGCGGUGGCAUCAAUCUGAACAAUUUAAAUCCCAGCAACUUGGCUGCUGUGGUUGGCAACUUGGGUAACCUGGGAGCAGCGUUGUCCAACCCACUGCUCACUUCAUCGCUGAGCACCCUAGGUCUCAAUUUGGGGAACACUGGUGGCAACGAUGAUGGACUCGUCUCCGCCAGCAAUGUUGGCCUAACCAACAACUACAGCAGCGGUGGCGGCUAUGGUAAUGCCGGUAACAACUAUAAUAGUGGCGGCAACAGCGGCGGCACUGGCGGUGGUGGUGUCUCUGGUGGCAAUGUUGGGUUCAAUGCCUACAACAGCAGUUCUGGUGGUGGCACAAAUUCCGGAAACAAUCAGAUCGAUGGCAAUGACUACGGCAACUCGGGCAAUCAGUUGGACAUGUUUGGCGGCGGCGGUGGUAACGUGGGCGUUGGCGGUGGCAAUGUCGGCGUUGGUGGCGGCGCUGGCAACCCCGGCGGCGGUUCCCGUAAGUCUGAUACGAUCAUCAUUAAGAAUGUGCCAUUGAGCUGCACCUGGCAAACGCUGCGCGACAAGUUCCGUGAUGUUGGCGAUGUCAAGUUUGCUGAGAUACGUGGCAAUGAUGUGGGCGUGGUGCGAUUCUUCAAGGAACGCGACGCGGAGCUGGCCAUCGCUCUCAUGGAUGGCUCCCGUCUGGAUGGUCGCACCAUUAAAGUAAACUACUUUUAAGCUGCAUCCCCCAAAAUUGUAGAAAGCAUUGUCCGUGUGAAUGAACCGCAUAAAAAUCUAGACACGACCACCGGUUUACUUUAACCAAGAGCAAACAGCAAAGCAAAGCAGACGUGGCUAGGUUAUUAUUGCAAUGUUUUUAGUUCAUAGUGACCACAAACAAAUAAUUGUUUAAUUUUUAUACAUACGUUUACAUUAAUCAUAACAAAAAAUGAUCAUAAUAUAUAAAUAAUUGACUUUCCAAAA